UCCCUGCUCGCCGACUCCCUCCUGCUCUUAGGGUUUUAAGUUCAUCCAAUUCCACCCCAAAACCCUGCCCUUCCCAUCCCUUCGCAUGGCCUCCGACCCCAAGGAUCCCCGCCCCCUUCCCCCCUCCGACGUUGCCGACCACCGGAAGGUCAAGCUCAUUUGCAGUUACGGCGGCAAGAUCCUUCCCCGCCACGGCGACGGUGCCCUCCGCUAUGCCGGCGGGGAGACCCGCCUCAUCACUGUCCGCCGCGACUCCCUCCUCCCGGAGAUCCUCCGCAAGGUGGCCGAGGCCUGUGGCGGGCCGGUUGUCCUCCGCUACCAGCUCCCCGAUGAAGACCUUGACGCACUCAUCUCCGUCUCCACCACCGAAGACCUCGAUAACAUGAUGGAAGAGUACGACAGGCUCGCCGCCGAUAGCCCCUCUGCGAAGCUUCGAGUCUUCCUCUUCUCACCCUCUGAAGUCACGGGCGCCGGUGCCGCUUCCUUUGCGGUCCACAUUGACCUUCAGGAAACUGGCACUAGGUAUCUCGAUGCUGUAAACGGAUUAGAUUCGAGCAUCAGGAGAAAGGAUAGCGCGACGAGCUUCUCAUCGACGCAGAAUUCGGAUGGAACGACUGCCGCCGCCGCCGACGAGGUGAACAAUGAAGGUACAUCACCGGCUCAUGUGUCUCCCACUGCUGCAUCUGCUCAAGACACGUUGAAGUUGGUUUUUGCUGGUCAAGAUGUUCUUGAUCUGCUGCCGCCUACUACUAGUUCUAGUGAACAAACCGAAUUAUUGAGUUCAACUCAAUCCGGAUGGCCUCCUCUGGUGCCAGAUCAAAACAGAGUGUUGAAUUCAACUCAAACUGACUUGCCUUCCGUUGCAUCAUAUGUUCCACAGUCCUACAUUGAUCCACAACAAGCUCAAAUCUUAAACCCCCAAUAUUUACCAGUGAUGGGAUUGCCUCUGCCAAUUAAUGUGGUUCGUGUGCCAGCACCAGCAUAUAUGCCGCCAUCCCACAUUGCCGAUCCAAUGUCCCAAGUCAGUAAUGGGACUUCGGUUCAGACAAAGGUGAAUCCACACUCGCAAAAUUCUAAUGUUGACAAGACCGCCAAGUUUCAUAGUGAUGUGAAACUUCAGUCUUUGUCUCAGCUUCCUCCUUUGCCUUCUCCGUACUUGCUUGCACCAAAUGUGGAACGUAGUGGGCUGCACCAAGUGUCUUCAUCGUCUCAAGGUCAUACGAGAAGAUUUGAGGAUUGUAAUAUGUGUCAAAAAGCCAUACCUCAUGCCCAUUCAGUUACUCUAAUAAAGGAACAGGGUAAUGGUCUCAGAAAUGUUGUUCCUGAGGUGAAUGUGGUAUUGCAGAGUCACCAUUCCGAGGAUUUAACAAGCAUGCGAGGACAGCAAAUGAUAGAUGUCGGAAUGCUGGUUGACGGUGUGGUGGAAACUCAAGCCGAGAAUUUGGUAGCUACAGCUCCAUCUAAGACCUAUGAGUUCAGCGAGACUAUCCCUGGGAUUCCAUGGGACAGUGGGAGGCCAGUUGUUGUGAAUGCAGCCAAUCCAUAUUAUGCUAAGGUUUUUGUCCCACCAGUUUCUGUGGGUUUUCCAGGCACCUCACAAGCAUCACAUGGAACUGUAACCAAUCCUCAGAAAGCUCAAAAAGUGGAGUCAGUGCAAGAGCAGCAAGAAGUGCCACUGUCUUUGGGUCUCAACAUGGAAAAUCUUGAUUAUCCAAACAUUUCACUUGCACCGGCUUCAUCGACCCUGCCAUGUGGCCCUUAUGGAAUGCUCGUCAUUCCUCAGUUUCAUGGAGAGGAUUACUUGCAACAGCAGACCCAAUUGCCUCAGCAUAUUGGGUUAUCUAACUAUCCUGUUGAUCAUAAUUUCAUUGUUGCCAGCACCAGUUCAGUUAGAAAUUCAGAUUAUCGAGAAGUUGGACAAUCAGUCAAUGGAACUGUGCCUGCAUUCUUGUUUGACUAUGUUAGACCUAUCAAUGGGACACAUCGAGCAAUUUGCACAAUUCCCCCUGGGGAUCCGGGUUUCAGCAACCAGCCAAGACCAGUUGUGAUUCCUGUUAUUGGUACCUCCAAGAAUAUAAAGCCUGAAAAUCCACCAUUGGUUGUAGUGAACACUCAUAAUGCUGGACCGCAGCAUAAGGAAAAUGAGUUGUCUCAUGGUGAUCCCCUAAUUAGUUCUGUAGUUGUUCCAGAAGGAAAUGCUGGUCCACAAAUUGAUAAACAGCUAUCUGUGAUGAGUGAUGUUGCUUAUGAACAGAGUGUUCAACCUUCCAACACCAGCCACAUUCCAAAUAUGACGUGUAAACAUGGACCCUACUCAUACCAUCUUGAAGCAGGAGUUGGACCAAGAGGGAUGUUCAAGUAUGUAGAUCCCAAUAACAAUGCCAUCAAGAACAACGUUAUUGGUGAACAGAAAGAUGAGGUUCCCAGCCUUCAUCCAGUUGAAGUAUUUUGUGACAUAACUAUUCCUCAAAGUGACAAUGCUCAGAUUUACACUAUUCACCACGCUAGUAACAUGAACCAAAUCCAGCGAGCCAUUUCAUUAGACCCACUUGCGAGCAGCAAAGAUCCUCAGAAAACCCUUACUGUUCUGCCUCCAAUACCUAGUGAAGUUUCCAACAGAGAAUCAAUAGCUAUGAAGGAAUUGUACAACAAGAAUUCUGUGAAUAGCAUGGGCUCUGAGGUAACCGUUCCUGCAGGUGUUUCUAGCCACUUACCUGAGUCUCCAAGAAUGGACUCGCCCAAAGAGCUUGUGUGUCCACUCAAAGAAGAUGUCCAUAUUAAGCAAGAUAUCCAGACUUCUGAAGGGAAAGCAUCAGCAGCAGCACUGCAGUCAUCUGAAGUACCAGUACCUGUUCUCAUUUCUCAUGAAACAGAAGAGGUCAGUCGACUCAGUCCUAGUUCUAACAGAGAAAGUGGCACCAUAGAGAAUACCUUAGAGAAAGAUGAUGACCAGAGUAAGGCCAUCAAGACCAAACAGUCAGAGAAUUUAAAGAAUGGUUUUCCAAUUACAGAUGACAUUGGACACCUUCAGGUAAUAAAAAAUAGUGAUCUGGAAGAGUUGCGAGAACUUGGAUCGGGAACAUUUGGGACUGUGUAUCAUGGCAAAUGGAGAGGUUCAGAUGUUGCAAUUAAAAGAAUCAAUGACAGGGUUUUUGCUGGGAAACCAUCAGAGCAGGAACGUGCAAGGGCUGACUUUUGGAACGAAGCUUGCAAACUUGCCAGUUUGCAUCACCCUAAUGUUGUGGCAUUCUAUGGUAUUGUUCUGGAUGGCCCUGGAGGAUCCAUUGCAACAGUAACAGAGUUUAUGGUUAAUGGUUCCCUUCGGCGUGCUUCACAGAAAAAUCAGAAGAUCCUCGAUAGGCGUAGAUGUCUUCUUGUUGCGAUGGAUGUGGCAUUUGGCAUGGAAUACCUGCACAAUAAAAAUAUUAUACACUUUGACCUGAAAAGUGAUAAUUUGCUUGUCAACUUGAGGGAUCCUCAGCGCCCAAUAUGCAAGGUUGGUGAUCUUGGUCUCUCAAAAGUAAAAUAUGAGACAUUAAUGUCUGGCGGCAUGCAAGGAACGCUGCCGUGGAUGGCUCCAGAACUUCUUUCUGGCAAAGAUAACAGGUACACUGAGAAGGUCGAUGUAUUUUCUUUUGGGAUUGUGAUGUGGGAGCUCAUUACCGGAGAGGAACCAUAUGGAGACAUGCAUUAUGGAGCAAUUAUAGGUGGGAUUCUGAACGACACACUGCGGCCUCCUGUGCCUGAAUCGUGUGACACCGAAUGGGGAUCACUGAUGGAGCAAUGCUGGUCCACCGAACCUUCGCAGAGACCAAGCUUUACAGAUAUCGCUACCAGGUUACGGGCUAUGGCAGCCGCACUUCCUCAGAAAGGAUGAGCUGCAGCAGCAGUCCGACCAAAAUAUGGUGCUCCUACUCAUCGAUGCCAUUGACUGACAUGUUUGUGACCCUUUUUUUUUUUUGUGCAGCACAGCUCUUUGCGACGUGGUUCUGCUGAAGGCAGUACCCAUAUGACUUGUGAAGAGAACCCUCUCUCGUGUUUCACAACAAGAUCUACGCAUGCUUGCUUUUCCAAUUUGUUCAUUCUUUUUUACUCACGACUGGCUGGGCAUGUGAAUGGAAAAGCCUUAUAAAUCUCUUGAGAAGAUAGCUUCUGGCCUGCUGUUGUUGCAUGUUCAUAUAAAGAUUAAAGAGUAUUGCAGUGGCUGUAGUUAACACAUUAAUAUCGGAACUGAGACGUAUCACAUUUUUUGCUUGUA